GCCCGCAGCAUGUCCCCGGUUGCCAGGUGGCAGACGCAGUAGGUCUCGGCCAACUUCGGAGCCUGCGGGAGAGGACAGACGUGAGAACGCUGUCUCCUCAGCAACAACAGAGAGGGAAUUGCAAAUUAACAAGAUGAAGAAAAAAAUCCCCUGCUCAGCCUGUGGUGUUUGUGGGAUGGAGCAGUGGAACCAUUUCCAAGUGCACAAACGCAGGCAAAGACAGGACUGAUCGACCAGACAGGGCAUCUGCACGUACGGCAGAGCUGGAUCUGCUGCCAGGGAACCCACCAAAACUGGCAGCAGCACAACAAGGGCAGAAUCAGUCCCUGACGUCUUCCCAGCUACCUCCUCCAGCCAAUGUCCCAGCCAAACAGGCACUGCUCAGCCUUUAAUCUGCAGAAAGCCUCGUUUCCCUGGCAGCAGUAUUUCAGAGGUAUUUUUGGCACUCUUCUCCCCAAGGGUCCCUGCGCACACGAUGCACGCGCAGCCACGAGCGCCCUCGCACCAGGGCCGGGCUGCAGGCAGGCUCGCAGUGCUCUGCACCAUCAAGCUGGGAAUGAGCUGCCGGCACGGCAGGGACUCGAGACCUCAGACCCCCAACAACAGCUACGCCUCGGGGUGCUGCCAGAGCUCGGUGUUCCUCGGGGGGCCCCCCUGGCAGCACGCCUAGUCACCCGGGAGGAAGGCAUUGGACCUUAUCUGUUGUGUAUUUAGAAACUACAACCUACUCGAGGAGGCUUUAAACUAGAGUUAUCACACCUUGACCAUGAAUGGGUACUUGAAGGAAUCCAAUUUCAUGAUGGUGGAGGAGGGCUUCACCACCAGAGACCUCCUGGAGAACCUCCUCGUGGAGCUGGGCCAGGUGAGCGACCAGCAAGCCUUCUUCGUGGCAGACCUUGGGGACAUUGUGAAGAAACACCUGCGUUUCCUGAAGGCUUUGCCCCGUGUGAAACCCUACUUCCCGGUUAAGUGCAACGGCAGUGAAGGAGUGAUUCGGCUGCUGGCUGAGCUGGGGGCAGGCUUUGCCUGUACCAACAAGGCAGAGAUUGCAUGUGUGCAAAGCAUUGGGGUCCCGGCUGACAAGAUCUUCUACAGCAGCCCCUGCAAGCAGGUUGCCCAUAUCAAAUACGCAGCCAGCCAUGGUGUGCAGCUGAUGACCUUCGACAACGAGGUGGAGCUGAGCAAGGUGGCCAGGAGCCACCCUCAUGCCAGGUUGUUGUUGGGUAUUACUGCUGACUCCAGCCCCUCUACCCAUUCGAACAUGAUGUUUGGGACCACGCUCGAGUCCUGCCGGCACCUGCUAGAGACAGCGAAAGAGCAGGCUGUGGAGGUUAUUGGCAUCAGCUUUCACCUUGGGAGCCGCGGUCUGGAGCCCCAGGCCUUCACUCAGUCUGUGGCUGCGGCACAGCUGGCCUUUGAGAUUGGCACAGAGCUGGGCUACCAGAUGCACCUCCUGGAUGUCGGAGGAGGAUUCCCUGGCACCGAGGACACCAGAACCCGGUUCGAAGAGAUCGCUGCCGUGAUAAACUCUGCCUUGGACUUGUAUUUCCCAGACGGCUGCGGGGUGGAGAUCAUUGCGACACCUGGCCGAUACUACAUCACCUCUGCCUUCACCUUUGCUGCCAGCAUCACUGCCAGGGAAGAGGUUCCCGUGGAACAGCCUGGCUCCGAUGAGGAAGAGUCUGGCAGCAAGAAGAGCCUCGUGUAUCACCUCAGCGAUGGCAUCUACAGCGCCUUCAGCUGCCUCCUGUUUGACACCCCCUGCCCAAGAGCUCAGCUGCACAAGAGACCCUGCCCAGACCACCCCUCGCACAGCAGCAGCCUCCAGGGUCCCCCAGAAGACACAGAGGACCACAUUGCCGAUGGCCUGGAACUGCCCGAGCUGCAGGUCGGGGACUGGCUGAUUUUUGAGGACAUGGGUGCCUACACCAUCGCAAACUCGUCCCUGCUUGGGGGGUGUCCCCAGCCACAGAUCACCUACGCCAUGUCCCGUGUGGCCUGGAAAGCCGUCCAGUUCUUCCAGGGAAAGCCACCGCAAACAGAAGACGACCGCGAAAGCAUCUGCGCCCCGCUGUCCUGCGGCUGGGAGAUGGCGGAGACGCUCUGCGUCACCCCGGUUUUCACUCCGGCCAGCAUCAUCUGAGCAACACCGGUACCGGGGAAGGGGAUGAAGGUCUCAUGGCAGCCAGGUCGCGGCAGCACCUCCUGCCCUGCCUGCCGCUGGCAUCACCCCACUCAGCUCUCAUGAGGGAUCCGUGGUGAGGACUUUGAAGUAUACACCAUAAAUCCUGUUCCUCCCGCUCGUGCAGUGUUGUGUGCCUGCUAAAGGGGUGGGUGGAUGGCGCCGAGCAGGUUUGGG